UGCCAUAAUUUUAGAGACAUACAAUUUCAUGGAAGGUUAUUUAAGGCGACUCAAAAAAUUCUUGUCUCCAUCAAAAUAAACAAGGCUUUAGCCAACCAGAUUAGCACUAGGUAUACUUGGGUUUCAUCAUCUUCAUCGAUUUGAAAACCCAAGUAUACCUUUAAGAAACGAAACAUAUCGUAAGAAAAUAACAAUGGAGGUACCUAAGGUGAGGUUUGCUCUUUUCUUUUCGUUUGCCGCACUAAUUCCAGGAUUAUGGGCAAAUAUUGCUGAAUUUGAUGACUUUUGGAAGCAACGUGAGGAAGAAGCAUGGAAUAUUACCUUGGCAACUUAUGAGCCAAACCCAGAAAACGUCACCAAUCAUUUCAACUAUAACGUUAACAAGUUUCUUAAAGAAACUAGUGCCAACCAAACCAUAGAUUUUGAGGAUGGUAUUACUAACAACACGAGAAGAUACUUGAGAGGAAAACACAAGAAGUACACUGGUCCGUGCAUGGCGACCAAUCCAAUUGAUAGGUGUUGGCGGUGUAAGAAGAAUUGGGCCAAAAAUCGUAAACGAUUGGCAAAAUGUGUGCUUGGUUUUGGCCAUAGAACUCAUGGUGGAAGUAAGGGGAAGUACUAUGUGGUGACAGAUAAUUCUGAUCAUGAUGUUCUAAACCCAAAACCAGGAACCUUACGUCACGCUGUGAUCCAAAAAAGGCCAUUGUGGAUCAUUUUUGCUCGUACCAUGCACAUCAAAUUGUCACAAGAGCUAAUUGUUCAAAGUCAUAAGACAAUUGAUGGCCGUGGAGCAGAUGUUCAUAUAGCAUAUGGAGCUGGAUUUACACUUCAAUUUGUGCACAAUGUCAUCAUUCACAACAUUCAUAUCCAUCGCAUUGUUCCAAGUUCCGGUGGCCUAAUCAGGGACUCUGAAGAUCACUUUGGUUAUAGAACAGUAGGUGAUGGAGAUGGAAUUUCCAUAUUUGGAUCAUCAAAUAUUUGGCUUGAUCACAUUUCUAUGUCUGAGUGCCAUGAUGGGCUUAUUGAUGCAAUCCAGGGUUCUACUGCCAUCACCAUCUCAAAUUGCCAUUUCACCCAUCACGACGCUGUGAUGUUGUUAGGAGCAAGUGAUAGCUAUUCUAAAGAUCAAUUCAUGCAAGUCACACUAGCAUUCAACCAUUUUGGCAAGGAAUUAUUACAAAGAAUGCCUAGAUGUCGAUGGGGUUUCUUUCAUGUUGUUAACAAUGACUACACACAUUGGAAAAUGUAUGCUAUUGGUGGUAGCAUGCAUCCCACCAUUAUCAGCCAAGGUAACAGGUUCAUUGCUCCGCAUGACCCCAAUGCCAAAGAGGUAACUUAUAGGCUCUAUGCAUCAGAGUCAGAAUGGAAAAAUUGGAUAUGGAGAUCAGAAGGAGACGUACUCCUUUAUGGAGCCAUCUUUAGAACUUCUGGGCCACCCUCGCCACCCCAUUUGAAAUUCAACAGAAAGGAAAUGAUCAAAUCCAAGCCUGGAGCAUAUGUCAGAAGACUCACUCGUUUCGCAGGGACUCUUAAUUGUAAAAAAAGAAUCAAAUGUUAGAUGUGAUGUUCAAUUUUACCAAUCUUUAAAAAAAUCCCAACAUGUAAAAAAUAGAAUUGAUACAUGGA